CUUCCUUUUUAACUGCGAGCCCACAGCGGCGACAAUGGAGUGGAAAGUUGUGUGGUUGUGUUUCCUUGCUUGUUCUGUUUCCAUUGUUAUUGAUAUCCAAGCCGAGUCGGUUUACAAGAGAACAUGUAGCACAUGGGGCCGUGAGCACUUCAAGACGUUUGAUGGUGAUGUGUACCAGUUUCCCGGUAUGUGUGAGUACAAGCUGGUCAAAACGUGCGAUGAGUCUCAGAAUUCCCAGACGUUCUCAAUGGACAUAAAGAGGAAGGAGAAUCCUGGAAACUCUACAAUACGUUUUGUGGUUGUGAAAAUUAAUAGUUAUUUAUACAACAUCAGCAAGGAUUUGGUCACUCUGGAUGAGCAGAGUAUUCAACUUCCAUACUUCCAGGCCGGGGUACGGUUGGAAAAAACUGAGUUUUACUUAAAGCUUUACUCCCAAGUUGGCAUCACUGUCAUGUGGUACAAUGAUGAUGCAGUCAUGGUGGAAAUUGAUGAUGAAUAUGCCAAUCGCAUUUGUGGACUUUGUGGAGAUUUCAAUGGCAAUUCAGACCUCCGCAAUAAAGAUACAGGUCAACAAAUCAGCCCCAUUACGUUUGGCAAUGGAUGGAAAACCGCUAGUCCAAUUAAUUGUGAGGACCUCACUGAAGCGGUACAGACAUCAGGGAAGACUGAGAAUAUGACGGAUUCAUGCAAGGAGUUUGAAAUCUUCUGCAAAGACCUCUUUAAAAAUGAAUCCUGGAGCUCCUGCAUUCCUCUGAUUCACCCUGAGCCUUACAUUCAGGCUUGUGUGAAGGAUAUGUGUCACUGUAGCAAUUUAAAUGGCUCCUGUGUCUGCAGCACACUCUCUGAGUUCUCUCGACAGUGCUCUCAUGCUGGAGGACAACCUCCCAACUGGAGGACUCCGAAGUUGUGUGCUAAACAUUGUCCACCCACGAUGGUAUAUGAUGAGUAUGGGUCUCCUUGCAUCAAUACCUGCAGAUUCCCAGACACGAGUUUAGUUUGUGAAGAUCACAAUAUAGACGGCUGCUUCUGUCCUCCUGAAACUGUGCUUGAUGAUAUUUCCACGGGAAGUUGUAUUCCUCUUUCUGAGUGUCCAUGCAAACAUGACAAAGUCUACAAGUCCAAUGAGGUUUACCAGGAGCGGGGAGAAAAUUGUACAUGCAUUGCAGGUAAAUGGUCUUGUGAGAGCCUUCAAAUGCAUGCUACAUGUUCAGUUGAACAGGGUUCAUACAUAACCACCUUUGAUGGUAAAGACUUCACCUUCCAUGGAGACUGUGACUACACUCUGGCUAAAGUGAACAGCAAGGAUUAUGUGAGUCCAAAUUUUACCAUUCUGGUCCAUUUGACACAAUGUUCACGUCAACAAUACGACUCUUGUCUCAAGACCUUGAAAAUUCAUUUGAACAGAGACAAAAACAACGCCAUAAUUUUCACCUCUGAAGGCAGAGUGCAGAAGAAUGGACGGAAGGUCACUUUGCCUUAUAACUCAGGAGAUAUCAGUAUAUUCCAUGCUUCAUCCUUUCACAUCAUGCUCCAGACAAGUUUUGGUUUACAAAUUCAGAUCCAGCAUGUGCCUCUGAUGCAAGUCUAUGUCAGUCUGGAGCAGAGCUACAGAGAAAAGACGCGUGGUUUAUGUGGGAAUUACAACAUGAUGCAGUCUGAUGACAUGAGGACUCGUCAGGGGAUGGUGGAGGGAGAAGAAGGAACUUUUAGUAAUUCUUGGAAAACUGACUAUUCAUGCAAAGAUGGACAUGGACGACUUGAUGACCCUUGUUCUCUUAGGACGGAAAAUGAAAAGUUUGCCAAGAACUGGUGCCCCUUGCUACGACAGCCAAAUAGUACCUUUGCACGGUGCCAUUCCGUGGUGGAUGCUGAGACUUACUACAAGCGAUGUAUUUAUGCUAGCUGUAACUGUGAGAAGAGCGAGGACUGCCUGUGUGCUGUCUUCUCCUCCUUUGCAAGAGCUUGUGCAUCAAAGGGAGUGUUCUUGAUAGGCUGGAGAAAGGAUGUGUGCAACAAACGCACCAAGAACUGCCCAGCAUCUCAGACCUUCUCUUACAAAAAUCAGAGAUGUCAGCUGACUUGCAGAUCGCUGAGCUCAAAGAUGCAGAGCUGCACCUCUGACUUCUUGCCUGUGGGCGGCUGUUCCUGUGCUGAAAAUCACUACCUAGAUGACAAUGACAUCUGUGUCCCCAAAGCAAAGUGUCCCUGUUAUCAUAAUGAUGAAACCAUUGAACCAGGAAAGACCAUUAACAUCAACAAUGACUACUGCGUAUGCACUGAUGGAGUUCUUCAUUGUGAUCCUUUGGCAGCUGGCUCUUCAACAUGCACUUCUCCAAAAGAAUACUUCAACUGCUCCACUGCAGACAAAAGAGAUGUUGGAGUGCAGUGUGCUCGAACCUGUUCAAAUCCGGACAAUGAAUGCGAUGCCACUGAGUGUAAAUCUGGCUGUCUCUGUCCCAGAGGCCUCGUCGAUGAUGGUAAAGGUUCCUGUGUAAAAGAAAACCAAUGCCCAUGUCAGCAUGGAAAUAAACUUUAUUCCAGUGGAGAAAAAAUCUCUAAGAAAUGCAACACCUGCACCUGCAAAAGUGGAAAAUGGGAUUGCACAGACAAGAAAUGUCCAGGAACAUGUAUUAUUUAUGGAAGUGGUCACUAUAUUACAUUUGAUGAGAACUCAUAUGGCUUUCAUGGACAGAUGUCUUACACUGUAGUCAAGAACACAUGUGGUAAUAAAACACAGGAGAACAACUUCACUGUUAUCAUAGAAAGUGAGAUUUGUGAACUUCCAAACCCCAUAUGCUUCAGAAAGAUCAGGAUCCACCUGGGGGAAAAGGAAAUCACACUUUUAAAAGGGGACGUCAUUUCUCCAAAUGGUACUGAGAUUCAGUACACCAAAAGGAAGCUUGGUUUCUAUCUGGUCGUUGAAUUUGACAUUGGUCUAACAGUUAUAUCGGAUCAUAAAGCAACAGUUAAAAUCCGACUGGAACCACAGUACUCUGUAAGUGACAGUUUAAAAAUGAAUUAUUCUAUGUAUGUAAUGUAAUAUUUGAAAACAUUUCUAUGGCAGCAGGAGUUCUUUGGCCUGCUGCAGCGGAGAAAGCGUCACAGUGAGCUCUUGGGGCUGCGCGGAGGCAA